AUGGCUCCCGGCUUCAUCCUCACCAUCUCCGGUCCCGACCGCCCCGGUAUCGUCCACGCCGUCACUGCAUUCCUUGUGGAACGCAACCUCAACAUUAUCGACUCGUCGCAAUUCGGUGACCCAGCUUCGCAGCGCUUCUUCAUGCGCACCCAAUUCGCAGCCACGAGCGAUGAUGUUCCUGAACUUGAGAAAUUGCGCACUGCAUUUGAGCCCACUGCGCAGUCGUUCUCCCUCGACUUCGAAAUCAACCCCACCAUGAAAAAGCCCCGCGUGCUGAUCAUGGUCUCCAAGAUCGGCCACUGCCUGAACGAUCUGCUUUUCCGCCAAUCAACCGGUCAGUUGAGCAUCGAGGUGCCUCUGAUCGUGUCCAACCAUCCCGAUUUCGCUACCCUCGCCGCCACCUACAACGUUCCCUUCCACCAUCUCCCCGUUACCGCGGAUACCAAGGCCCAGCAGGAAUCCCAGAUCCUGGAGCUGGUGCGCGAGCAAAACAUCGAUUUGAUCGUGCUGGCCCGGUAUAUGCAGGUGUUGUCCCCUACGCUGUGCGCUGCCAUGUCCGGACGCAUCAUCAACAUCCACCACAGCUUCUUGCCCUCCUUCAAGGGCGCCAAGCCCUACCACCAGGCCUACGACCGCGGUGUCAAGAUCAUCGGUGCCACCGCUCACUUCGUCACAAGCGACCUAGACGAAGGUCCGAUCAUCGAGCAAAAUGUUGUUCGGGUCAACCACGGCAUGAGCCCUAAGGAGCUGACCCAUGCUGGCAGUAACGUGGAAAGCAAUGUCCUUGCCACUGCAGUGAAGUACGUCACUGAGCGUCGUGUGAUUCUGAAUGGACACAAGACUGUUGUCUUCAACUAG